GAUGUCUCACAACCCAUGAAGACUUCCAGAGAGGUCAUCCAGGCUGUCUUCUUCGGUAUCUGCGUGCUGACUGAUCUCUCCACUCUCCUGACAAGAGACAGCGGGAACCAGGAGCAAGAACGGCAGCUUAGGAAGCUCAUCUCUCUGCGGGACUGGACGCUGGCCGUGCUCGCCUUUCCUGUCGGGGUUUUUGUUGUUGCGGUAUUCUGGACCAUCUAUGCCUAUGACAGAGAGAUGAUAUACCCCAAAUUGCUUGACAACUUUAUCCCAGGUUGGCUGAACCACGGAAUGCACACAACGGUUUUACCCUUUAUAUUAAUCGAGAUGAGGACAUCCCACCAUCAGUAUCCCAGCAGGAGCAGCGGACUCGCCGCCAUAUGUACCUUCUCCGUGGCCUAUAUAUUAUGGGUGUGCUGGAUACAUCAUGUCACCGGCAUGUGGGUGUACCCUUUCCUGGAACAUAUUGGCUCAGGAGCCAGGAUCAUCUUCUUUGGGUCAACAACAAUUCUAAUGAACUUCCUGUACCUGCUGGGAGAAGUACUGAACAGCUAUAUCUGGGAUACACAGAGAAAUGCGGUAGCCUCAAAGGAAUCUCGUGACCAUGAAGCCAGAACUAUAAACAGUCCAGGUGGCUGCCCUUUGCCAGAGUGGAAGGUCACAGAGAGAUGCAGUCACUAAAGAAUAUAUUUCAUUGCUGCUAAAGGUAUGGAAGAAGAGAAAGAGAAGCCUAAACUGGAAUGAGAUCCAAAUCUAAAAGGAGAAGCAGGAAGGAGCUACCCUUGAAUUCUUUUGGCCCUGGCACCAGCAGUGAGGAGACAAAACUUCAAAGGGGCCAUAGCAUCAACCCUAUCUCCCUGACCCUGAGGGAGGACAACUUUUAUAUACAAAUAUGUGCAAAAUAGGAUGUAUUGCUUUCAAAAAUAACUCAUCCUUGUUGUUUUAAGUACUCUGUCCAAAUUCAUUAUUGAUGACAUUUUUACCUCUUUUCUAGCUUUAAAACUAAAGUUGGUCAUUGAAUUUUCAUUUCUGCAAUAAUAACUCCAUUUAAUCAAGAAAAAUGGAUUGUUUCUUGUUGAGGAGUAUGAUAAAGUUGGAGGGGCAGGUGUGGAUCAAGGUAUUCAUAUUUAGUCUUAAAAUGUGGCUUCAGUAAUGACUCUGGGACACAAUAUGGGCCCAAGAGGAGGCAGGAAAGGUGAUUCCUGUGGUGACAGAGUCAUGGUUGCCUCAAGUGAGCAGUGUUAGUAAUAGUAUCAAUUUAGUCAAAUUGAUAAGUGUGCUUGAAUCCUCCUAUUUAAUAUGUAAAUACUCCCCACAUGCAAACGUUACUGUUAAUAAAGAUCAACCAAUCAAAUGUGA